UUUUAAUAAUAAUUUUCAGUACAAAAAGAUCAUUCGCGAACCUAAUCGUCCUUAUAAUGAACAAGUUGCUUUAAUUGAACAACUUGUAAAGAAAAUGGAUGUGGACAGACAGAUUCUCUUUAAAGAGUUUAUGAAGCAAAACGAUAAUAAAAACAAUGCUGACCGAGAUAGGGUAGAUAAAAAGGUCUCUGGAAUGAGUGAAAAUGCUAAAGAGCAAUUUGCAGAGGUUCAACAGAAUUUGUGGCUCUCUUAA